CUGAAUCUGAAGCUUGAAAUUAAAGCUCUGAAGCUCUGAAACAAAAUUAAUGGAGCUUGGAAAAAUGGAUACAUCCCGCAGGAAUGAGCCAACUUAUCUUGCCUGGUCCAUCUUCAACACUUUUUGUUGCUGUUUGCCACUUGGCAUUGCAGCAAUCAUUUACUCAUGCAGAGCAGACAAUGCAAAUUCACUUGGAGAUGCUGGAAAAGCUCAAGAGUCCUCCAGGAUUGCAAAGAACCUGAAUAUUGCUUCACUGGUGUUUGGACUGAUUGGUUUAAUUAUGGUGAUUGUAAUGUUGGUGAUUGGAAGCUCAAACAUGUAAGCAACAUAACCAUAUGCUUGUGAUGGAAUUUUAUUUUUAUUUUUUAUUUUUUUGUCCUUGCUAUUCAAACAACACUGCAAACUAUGAACUACACCGCUAAACUCUAGAGACGAUGAGGACCAGCUGUGGCUUGAAAAUCAAAGAAACAAUGAUUGCCACACAAUGUUUUGUUUUGGGGUUUACUCAGUGUUCAGAAACUAAAGAACUACAAAAAUAUAAAUUUGAUUUGUUAAUAAAAAAAAAUUGUUUUUAAAAAUGUAAUAACCCACGUUUGAAACUUUUUUAAUAGUUUUAAUUUUUUUAUAAUUUCCUUUUUGUUAAAUUCUUUUCAUUUUAUUUUGCAUGUAAGUGAAAUGUUCAUGUGAAUUCUGUUUUAUGCAAAAUAAUAUGUAAUGUCCUUCAUUUUAAUUAGUCUUGUCUUUCACAAUUCAGUGCAGUGAAUACAAAGUACUGUAAUCACAUAGCCACUAUAUUUAACAUUUACAUGGAAAAUGUAACUGGUAAAUUGCUUAUGUAAUGGUUUUCUGCAUUUAUGUAUUAAUGGUUUUCUCCAUUUAUGUUCUAUAUAUAUAUAUAUAUAUAUAUAUAUAUAUG